UAGGGCGAAAAAAAUGAAGGGAGAUUAUGUAAAAGAGGAAAAAGAUGGUCAUUCCAACCCCAUGUUUGCCAAGCUCCAUCAGACCCAAAAAUUCCUCCACCACCCUCCGCCGCCUCAGCCCCAGCCCCACCCCACCACCCUCCUCCACCACUCCUUCAACCCCCGGGAAUGCCAAGCUUCCGAAGAAGUCGACAGCCACCACCGUAGCCCCACCACCCCUUCCGCCACCACCUCCAAGACCCAAACAUUAGUAACACCAUCCUCGGGUAACGAUGGGGCCACCAUAGAGGUUGUCCGCCGCCCCCGAGGCCGGCCACCUGGGUCCAAAAACAAACCCAAGCCUCCCGUCAUCAUUACCCGUGAAGCGGAGCCUUCUAUGAGCCCCUACGUUCUCGAAAUCUCCGGCGGAGUAGACAUUCUCGAAACCGUAACGACCUUCUGCCGCAAACGCAGCACCGGAUUGUGCAUACUAAACGGCUCCGGCACCGUUUCCAACGUUACUCUUCGCCAACCUUCCACCACCCCAGGAGCUAGCGUUACUUUCCAUGGCCGUUUCGAUAUUUUGUCGCUUUCUGCAACGAUACUUCCGCCGAAUUCUCACUCGUUUUCGACUUCUGCAGCAUUAAGCAACGGAAUAUCUAAUGGGUUUACUAUAUCUCUAGCCGGGCCGCAAGGGCAAGUCGUGGGAGGAACAGUUGUGGGAUCGUUGUUCACAGCUGGGACGGUUUAUUUGAUCGCGGCGAGUUUCAAUAGCCCUUCUUUCCAUAGAUUGCCGUUGGAAGACGAGAGGAAUUCUGAGUCGGCUGCUGCAGCUGCAGGUAGCGAGGGGCCUACGGUAUCCGGAGGAGGAGGCGGUGAUGGUGGUGGAGGACGGUCGCCAGCUCAGGGGGGAGGUGUGGAUUCUUGCAGUGGGGUUUCUUUGUACAGUUGUCACUUGCCUUCUGACGUGAUCUGGGCUCCCACAGCCAGACAACCGCAGCAACAUCCACCGCCUUACUGAUGACGAGUAAUUUGUUCAAAUCGAUGUGGGCGUGGGUUCUUCUCUUUUUCGCUUCUUCCCCCGACUGAUUACUGUCUGAUCAUGGUAAUAUGAACAACGUUGAGAGGCCUUCCUCGUCCUCGCUAGUUUAAUUUCUACCAGCAUAAUCUUUGUUUUGAAAUCUUUCCUUCCUGUGUACUUAUGCCUUGCUUAUCAUUUACCACUCUUAUGUAGGGUUGGCUAGUUUUUACUAGUUGUUUCGUCUUAGUUAUGAGAUGGAAAUGAAUACUCUCACUAAAUCCGUUAGUUGCCUGUUUGUAACCUUUUUGUUAUCAUCACUUUCCUUUUCUCUUUGGUGAGGUGAAUUGAAAUUUCCGAGUUUUU